AUGGAACAACCAUUUAGGAUCUAUAAUAAUCCAUUGUCUGAUGUUUUGGAUAAUAAUUAUGAAAGAAGGGAUCAAUGGAAAAAUAUACCCUACAAUGAGAAUAAAAGCCAGUAUAAUAAUAGACAAUGCAAUAAUCAUAAUGAUGAAAGAAGAACUAGCAGUGGGGGAAUUACUGGUAACUGGAAUAAUAGAGAUAGGACCAACAAUGCAAGUAAUAAUAGAGGUAACAGUGGUAAUAAUGGAAAUUAUGGCAACAAUGGUAAUGGAAUCAAUGGAAAUGAAAAUAACAAUAAUCAAAAUGGUGGUGGAGGAAACAAUGGAAAUAACGGUAAUAAUAGAGGAAAUAAAAACUAUCAAACUAACAACUAUGGUGGCAGGCCACCUAUGACCAUUGAAAGGUAUAAAAAAUUGGAUUUCAGUGGGAUAGUUGGAUACCCAAAUCAGAUUUUAAAUUAUUUAAGGUCAGCCAUCCCUAAGUUCACAAGAAAUGGAACUGAUUCUGCAGAACAACAUGUAAUAAAUGUAAAAAAUACGAUUGAAGAAUUACAAGUCCCUUAUGAAGAUGUUUUUAUGAAACUGUGUGUUCGGUCUCUAACAGAGGAUGUAGGAGAGUGGUACAAAAAUCUUCCCGACAGCAAGACUCACUAUGAGAUUCUAUCUCAUAAGACUACCACCUUGCAACAAGCAUUUAAGACAGCCAAUACCAUUGAAAAUAACAAAAAAGCUACUCGGAGAAUUGGCAAGGGAGAUGACCCAAAAUUAUAUAAUCCCAGAGAAACAAAAAAGGAUGAGUUUAGCCAAAUAAUGGACAUGCUGAAAGAUAUGAAGGGUAAGCAAAAUCACAAUGAGAAGUCACCCCCAUAUAGAAGCAGCAAGUCAAUGAACUAUAAUAGGCCAAGAUUGCACGAAAUGCCAUAUAACACAAACUGGAAAGAUGGUAAGCCAGUGAAUGCCAAUCUAAACAAAGAAACUCCAGACCCAUUGAAGAAAGUAAACAAUUUGGUGGAGGAAUAUCCAUGGUGUGAAGUCUGCAAUUUACCCCAUAUUGUAGAACAAUGUAUGAUUUCUCAAGGUUUUGUAGAAGAAAAGGACCAUCAGGAUGAGUAUGAGCCCACAAUGAAUGUACUUUAA